AUCAAAAAAAUUGGCCCCUUCUAGAUGCUGGCAGCAUUUCCCCGCUGUUUGCGAUGCUAAUACGUAGCGCGAGAAAGCUGCCAACUCUUCGGUCGCCUUCGCCAGUGAAUUAGACUAGACAUUUGGAUAGCUCUUUAAAGAACUGUAGAGCGUUAGGUCCCCACGGGCCAAGGGUCUCAACCCCAAAGGGCAUGAAAGUAUACCUACUCGGUGCUGAGACCCCUGAAUUUGUAAAUCUUGAGCUCUUCGGCCGCUUUAGCCGCCGCAUCUACUUGGUUACUGGUUGUGGUCCCGGUGAGAUGGAAAGGAGCCAGUGUCCCACAUUAGCACCCUUGCCAAACUCCACAGAACCAGGGACAUACCGUCCAGUCUCUUGCUGGCAGUUUGACGGUUACAAGAAACCGGCGGAUAGGGAGCGUGCAUGAACUGUAGGAGGCAGCACAGGAGCCGUCAGAUUUUUGGCGCGAGGCGUAAGUAAAUGUGAUGUUUAUUGUUCCGAUGUAGCCCACAAGAUGGCAGAACCUACUAAGCACAAGAAAACACGUGACGUGUAAAUGUAUAUGUUUAUGGUUCCGAUUCAGGCCACAAGAUGGCAGACCCUCCAACGCGCACAGUCCCUAUCCCCAAAAACAAGGUGAGUAUAGUUUUUUUUUAUUCUAUUGUUUAGUUAUUGACAAAACUUGUUUGCCAGUGAUGUGUAAGUACGUGCACCAGUUUUGGCAAAAAUAAAUGAAUCCAGUCUAUAAAAACAAAAAAAAAAAAAACUUGUCAAGCCGUUGAAUUGUCAGUGCAUAAUUGUGUUACCUACGUUCAUUUAUUAGAAUGUGUGAUAUCUUAGUGCAUUUUGCUCUUAUUUAAUUUAUUCAAUUCCUAAUUGAAUUAGGUGUAGACAUGGAGAUGAAGCAUUUUAGCUACAAUAAUUCGUCAUUUUUACUGCUGAUUCGUAAAUCGUAAGCAGUGUAGUGUCCAAGAAAGAGGUAUAAGAGCUUUUUCAUUAUGAUGACGUCAGAGGAAUCAGAUCCUCUAAGUACCGUACCUUCAGACGGCCAUGGUGAAGAAAUGUCAGUUUCGGGGACGGAGGAAGCGCCAUCAUCGAUGGUGUCAAGCGAAGCUGAGUCGGAGGGCAGCAUGUUGUCGGAGCCGCCGCGGGCGGAGCUCGCCGAGCACGCGAUGAGCCGCAGCUGCGACGCCGUGCUGCCCGAGCACCAGGCGGCGGCCGACAAGCCGCUGGCGCCCGUGCCCAGCGACUGGCGCAGUGUCGGCAACACCGUCUCCUCAUUAGUGUCCACCAGAGGUUCUAUGCUCCCUUGGGGCUCUCAUAAGGGCCCAGUGAUGCUGCCUCCAGACUCGGAUCUCAGACCCGGAGAGUUUGUCAUGAGACUGCUGUUUACAGAGUUUACAGUCCAAGCCGAACGAAAGAUGGAAGCUGUCAUGGCCGAACCACUAGAAAAACCUUUGAACAAGACACUGCAGCGUGGCGAAGAUCCACAGCUGGAUCAAAUACUAUGCGCGUUUGGAACCGUCGCCGAACACUGCUUGCCAUCUCUCCUGCGCGCCUUAUUUGGCUGGCUGGAGAGACAGAUGGCUGACUCUCCUCAACUUAGCGAGCAAGCAAAGAAACCGCACCAAGAUCUAAGAAAUAAAAGUAUCAUCUACAUCGUGUCGGGCAGCGGAGCGGGCACGGAGGCGGUGGAGCGCAGCUGCGAGGAGCUGCAGGCGGAGAGGCGCGAUCUCGCCGUAGAGUUCCUCUUCUGCCUAGCUCUGAUAGAGGUCCUGAAACAACUGCCUUUUCAUCCAGGCCAUGAAGAUUUGGUCCAAUACAUUGAAAAUGUAGCUUUUAAGCGUUUUAAUUAUAAAGAAGGAUUGCAAUCAAACCCAAAUGCCGCUAAUGUGCAUAUAAUAGCCGAUCUCUACGCUGAAGUAAUAGGAGUUUUAGCGCAAUCUCGUUUUGCUUCAGUCAAGAAGCGGUUCACUGCAGAACUCAAGGAUUUGAAAAGUCGCGAGCCUUCGCCGCAUACGACACAAAGUAUUAUAUCCCUUUUGAUGGGUAUGAAGUUCUUCCGCGUGAAAAUGGUGCCCAUCGAGGAGUUCGAGGCGUCGUUCCAGUUCCUGCAGGAGUGCGCGCAGUACUUCCUCGAAGUCAAGGAUAAGGACAUCAGGCACGCUCUGGCGGGCUUGUUUGUCGAGAUCCUAGUUCCGGUCGCUGCCACUGUGAAGAACGAGGUGAACGUGCCAUGCCUAAAAAACUUCGUCGAGAUGCUGUACAGCCACACGCUGGACGCCAGCACCAAGUCCAAGCACCGGCUGGCGCUGUUCCCGCUCGUCACGUGCUUGCUCUGCGUGUCACAGAAACAGUUCUUCCUCGCGAACUGGCACUGUUUUCUUGCCAUGUGCCUGUCGCAUUUGAAAAACAGAGAUCCCAAGAUGUGCAGGGUGGCCUUAGAAUCUUUAUAUCGUUUGCUAUGGGUUUACAUGAUAAGGAUAAAAUGCGAAAGCAACUCUGCGACGCAAUCUCGACUCCAAAGUAUAGUCAACUCACUGUUUCCCAAAGGGUCGAAAGGCGUAGUACCACGUGAUACUCCCUUAAAUAUCUUCGUCAAGAUUAUACAAUUCAUAGCGCAGGAGCGAUUAGAUUUUGCUAUGAGAGAGAUCGUCUUUGAUCUCCUUAUGGUUGGUAGACCAAUUAAAAUAAUAAUGACCCCGGAAAGAAUGUCCAUUGGUCUACGUGCGUUUCUGGUCGUGGCAGAUAGCCUUCAGCAGAAGGAAGGGGAGCCGCCCAUGCCACGAACAUCAGGGACGCUGCCCUCGGGGAAUACUCUCCGCGUUAAAAAGACGUUUCUCAAUAAAAUGUUGACUGACGAAACCGCACGAUCUAUUGGAAUGAGCGCGUACUUCCCGUACGUUAGGCGAGUCUUAGUGGAGAUUCUUCGUGCCUUAGACGCUCAUUAUGGAAGGCCGCUAAUGUUAACUAACACUCAAAACGUGACGAAGGAGCAGGAGAUAAAUACUGGCGAAAGAAAACCUAGGAUUGACUUGUUUAGAACAUGUGUUGCUGCUAUACCAAGACUGAUUCCCGAAGGAAUGAGCUCGAGCGAGCUGGUGGACCUGUUGUGCCGGCUAACCGUGCACAUGGACGAGGAGCUGCGAGGUCUCUCCUUUCAGAGUCUACAGACCCUGAUCGUGGAUUUCCCCGAGUGGCGGCAGGACGUGCUGGCGGGAUUCACGCAAUUCCUGGCGAAAGAAGUCCAGGACACAUCGCCGCAACUGGUAGAAAACGGUCUGCGCAUGCUGCUGCAGUUGAUUACGAGCUGGAAGAACGGUGAGCCGGCGCCGGCGCCCGCCGUGCCCAAGCCGGAGCCGCUGGCUGCCGUCGUGCGCGGCGCGGAGGCGCUCGCGCUGGUCAUGCUGUGUCAGUGCAAGGCGUACCCGCGCCGGCUGGCCGUGCAUAUACUAAGGGAAACAAAGAGCCUCCUGGAAAAGCUCGGUCUGACGACGGAGGAGUGCGCGCUGAUCGACGCGGCGGACGCGCACGUGCCGGCGCUGGCGGAGCGCUGCCUGCCGCUGUUGCCGCCCGCCGAGAAGCAGGCGCUGCUCGCCGUCGGCCAGCCCGACCUCGUGUGCGUAGCCGAGCGCAGUCACGCCGUCUGGACUGCUGGCAUUCAACAUGACGAUACAUCAACUAAAAACAGUUGGAGUGGCAGUGCUUCAAACGGAGCGGAUCCUUGGGAGGUGAUCCUGUUCGGUCUGCUGGAGCGCAGCCGCGUCCCGUCCCGCUGCCCCGCCACCGUGCUGCAGGCGUGGCCCAUACUGCACGCCCGGAUACAAGCGUUAUACACGAUCAUAGAGCCUGCGCCCGUGAACGAUAAUCGCGCGUCACUUUUGUCGAGAAGCCCAGCGCUACCGAGAAAGCCAGAAAAGGAAAGGGACGGAUAUAUGCAGGUGUGGAAGUACUAUAUGACGAUGGCGUAUCUGGUGGUGCCGGCCGUGCCCAGCCCCGUGGUGCGUUGCGCCAGCCCCGACCUUAGUCUCAGUAGCACUGACGCGGAGGCUUGGCUCGGGGGCGCGGCGCUCAGCUCCUCGAGCGAGAGCCUCAACGCGCCGGGCGGCUUCUUCACGCUGCCUUUAAGCUAUGCGCGCGGACACAAACAUCACAAGCGGACGAGCUCGUCGCCGGACUCGCUGAGCGAGCGAAGCGGCGGCGAGGCGCGAGGUGCGGCGGCGCCGGCCGCACUGCACAAGCUGGCAGUGCCGCUGGCGCGCUGCGAGGUGCCCGAGGUGCGCGACGCCGCCAUCGCCGCCUGCGGCAACAUCAACCCCGACGCGCUCAAGGACCUGAUGGAGGAGCUAGUGCCUCUCCUGAGGGAAGCCGUGGACCGCAAGCAGGAAAAUAUGCGGCGGCGACGGCGGCGCGACGCGCUGCGACUCAACCUCAACAAAAUGCUGCUCCUCAUAGCGCAACGAAAGACCUUCGCUAACAGCCCAUUCGCGCUAGAAGGAGGCAGUUUACAUUCGUCGCUCACCGAGUACCUGGACGGCGUGCGACAAUGUUUAGAGGUGGAGGCUGAGAAGGAUGCUCCGGCGGCAAGGGAGCAACGACUUACUUUCGCUGACUUCGUCACAGAACUCAUCAAAAGUUUUCCACUGGACAUGUAUGGAUCAUUGAUGAAGAAGGACCUUUGCCGUAGUUUAUUUUCACUCUUCUCUGGUUGGUGCGGACCGCUCGCCAAGCAUUUAGGUGUCCUUGUUCCUCAACCACCUACUCAAGAAAACGAUGAACGACUUAAUUUAUCCGCCUUAAAGGCAAUGAGUGCACUGGUUUGCUGCGGCUCGUGUUUCGCGCCGAACGCCCUCGCUGAAGACGGCUCGCUCUAUCCCUGGCUGAGCGAGAUGCUUUCUUCCACUAACGAUAAGAUCUACGAAUUGGCCCGCGAAACGAUAGUGCUCCUUCUAGACUGCAACCCCGAUAUCGGUCCUCUGCUCGACUGGACGGUAGACAAGUGCUUCACCGGGCCGCCCCGCGUCGCGGACGGCUGUUUUAUGGCGCUCGCCACCAUAUUCAGUGCCAGAGAGUACCCGUGCGACCACUACACGGCAAUCAUCAACGUGACGCUGAUGUGCACGGGCUGCCCGCGCGCGCCGGUACACGAGAGCGCACUGCAGCUGCUGCAACUGCUAGACAAGCGCUUCUUCGGCACGGUGGGCCCGCUCCCUGCGGCUGAUCCGGACAACGGAUCGGAGAAGGGGCGAGGGACUCUGGACGCGCUGCUGUGCACCACCUAUUGUCGCUCCCAGUUGUACCUCUCGCGGCAACUGGCCCAGUUGCACCCCGAGCUCACCAUGCCUAUGUUCUCAGAAAUUACGGAACGCUUCCAAACGGCCCGCACUGAGGUGCGGCAGCUGCUGCUGCAGUACCUUUUGCCGUGGCUCGUCAACAUCGAGCUCGUCGACCCCAACGUGCCGCCGGCUAACCCACUAUCCUACAUUCAGUAUUACACGUCAGAAGCUGGGCGGAGUGGGCGGCGCGAGGGCCUCGGCUCUGCUGAGGCGACGGAGAUGGUUCUCAAUAACCUGUUUUAUAUCACGGCAAAGUUCUCCGAUCAACAUCCGAAAGAAAUUGAGGAGCUGUGGUCAACGCUAUGCGCCUGUUGGCCCAACAAUCUCAAAGUUAUAAUACGAUACCUAAUUAUAGUAUCGGGGAUGGCACCCAACGAAUUGUUGCCUUAUGCUAAGCGUGUGGUACUAUAUCUCGCGCGCUCGCGGCCCGAACGACUCCUGGACGAGAUGAUGACUGAACUGCAGACUGUGGAGACGCUGAACUGCCUGAUCGAGCGCACAGAGACACCGCCCUUCUACAGGCUGACCUCUAUGAGGAAGGCAACUUCGGGACACAGCGACGGCCCUGGCACCGGCUCUCAGGACGCUACAGGGCGGACGGGAGAGCUAGCGCCCGUAGAAAAGGGAACGAUUCACACAAAGAGACACAGCGGCGAAGACCCCGCUAAGGCGAGUGGCGGCAAAGCUGGUGACGCGGUGGCUCGCGACAGCCGUGCGGCGGAGAAACGCGCUUCGGCGCCGCCGUGCGCUACCCCACCCGCCGAGGCCGAGCCAACACCCUCCGACGGCGAUGCCACUCCGACGGGCCUGUGCCCCGAGCUGGGCAUGGGCGGCACGCCGGCCGGCAGCGCGCCGACCACGCCGCAGGAGCCGCGCAUGGACGUGCCGCAGCCGCGGCCGCUGCCCAUGCCGGAAUACGGCGGGUUCUUCGCGCGCCUCACCGAGUACUUGCCAGACAGCAGCCAGCCUAUCUCGGGAUUCCACAGAUGUAACGUGGCGGUAAUGCUGCUGUGCGACGUGGUUCUGGACGGCGUGGAGCUGGACUGGUCCAUCCACGUGCCACUCAUGCUGCACAUCGUAUUCCUCGGCAUGGAUCACACCAGGUGGAUUGUUCACCAGCAUUGUCGGCAAUUGCUACUAAAUUUGCUCGUGGCGGUGGCAGCGCACCACGAUCACUUGACCGUGGCGAGGGUCUUGCUGGCCAGCCGCUCGGCGCAGCUCGGCCUGGGCAUACCGCCCACCUUACCCCUGGUGCCUCACAACUUCACAGAACCGGAUGCCGUAUUCGACAGCUAUUUACAAUGCAACGGACAUUCGCCUCGGCCGCACCAACCAUUAUCCUUUAACUCGGACCCACAAGUCACGCCUGAAGGUGAAGGCGACCAUUACCCGUCGCUGCCGGUGAUCGUGACAGAGGGCGAAGGCGAGGCGGAGGGCGAGGCGACGGAGCCGGAGUCCGCGGAGCUGCCCGUGGCCGACGUCAUCAAGUCGCUAGUGCAUUUCCUCGCCAACCGCCCCACGCACAUGCCGCUCUGGCAGUACGAGGACAUCACUGCCAAAGUGUGGAGCCUGCGCAGCUGCCAGCAGAUGGCGACGCUGGUGCGGCACGUGCUGCGCGUGUUCCGCGAGUCGCUGCCCCUGGCGCUGGUGUCGGAGCGCUGGGCGCAGACCGCGCUGCAGCUCGGUCUCUCCUGCCCCUCGCGGCACUACGCAGGCCGCUCGCUGCAGGUGUUCCGGUUUAUUGGCGUGGCCAUGACCGGGCGCAUGGUGUCGGACAUCCUGUCGCGGCUGGUGGAGACGGUGGCAGAGCAGGGCGAGGACAUGCAGGGCUACGUCACCGAACUCCUGCUCACGCUGGAGGCGGCCGUGGACUCGCUCGAGUCUAACUUCAGGCCGCUCGAUUACAUGCGCGACAUAUUCAAGUCCACACCCAACCUCAACAACAAGGACGGCGGCCAACCGGCCAACGGUGGAGCGUUCUCGGCUGGCAAGCGGUCCCCCGGCGUGUGCGUGGGCUGCGUCAGCAACCACACGCGCAGCACCAGCUACUCCGUGUCCUACUGCGUGCGCAAAAACGCGCCGCCCUCCAGCGCCGACAAGCAGACGCACGAGACCCGGACUAGGCCCUGCAGCGAAGCAGCAAAGGGUAUCUGCUCCAACUUGUGUCGCUCCAGAUCGGCGCAGUCACUGAAACUGUUAGGUGACAGUGCCACCCAGGACGACAAGCUGACGAUCCUAGCGACGCUGUUCUGGGUGGGCGCGUCGCUGCUGGAGUCGGACUACGAGCACGAGUUCCUGCUGGGCGUGCGGCUGCUGGCGCGCGUGAUGGCGCGCCUGCCGCUGGACCGACCCGACGCGCGCGACCGCCUCGACCGCACGCAGGCGCACACCUCGCCCUCGCUGCAUUCGCUGCUGCUCAAGGGCUGCACGCACCCCAACACGUAUGAGCCCGUGGUGGGCGUGCUGGCGGACAUGAUCCCGCUGCUGGAGCUGCCGGUCAUCGACCCCACGCAGUCGCUGGCCUUCCCCAUGACUGUGGUGGCGCUGCUGCCCUACAUGCUGCUGCACUACGAGGACGCCAACGAGCUGUGCGUGCGCGCUGCCUGCCACAUCGCACAAUUCACGGCUGAGAAGAGUAAGAAGCUAGAGAACCUCGGCACGGUGAUGACGCUGUAUUCGCGGCGCACUUUCAGCAAGGAGAGCUUCCAGUGGACCAAGUGCGUCGUUAAGUACUUGUGGGACACCUACUCGCAUCUCUCGCUGCAAAUGCUCGCUUUCCUCGUCGAGGUGCUGGAGAAGGGGUCGGCAAGCCUGCAGCUGCCGAUCCUGGCGGUGCUGCACUGCAUGCUGUACUACGUGGAGCUGAACGCGCCCGCCGCGCAGCCCGUCAACGCCGACCUGCUGCGCGUCGUCGCCAAGUUCAUCGACGACGGAAAUAACUACAAAGAAGCAAUGAAAAUCCUGAAGCUAGUGGUGACCAGAUGUUCCACGUUAGUUGUGCCCCCGUACUGGGACAGCCACGCAUCUUCCAUUCUUGACACGGAGCUGCAUGGGAAAAAGGAACUCCCUGGCCGAACAAUGGAUUUCACGUUCGACCUGAGUCAGACGCCGGUUAUCGGGCGAAAGUAUCUGCCCAAAGCGGGCAGCCAGCCCGCCACCGGGCCCAGCUCGCUGUCCAACGCCUCCACCGUCACAACUGACAAAGGUUCGUCGACGUCGGCGUCGGGCUCGGCGUCCACGGUGGUGGGCCCGGAGCCGGCGGCGGGCGCCGCGCAGCCCGCCAGCGUGGCGUCGCCGCGCCGCUCCCUCUCGCUGUCGCCGGCCGACGCGCUCGCCUCCGGAUGGAAGAGACCGUGGAUGUCGCAGAGUCGAGUCCGAGAGUGUCUUGUAAAUCUUCUAACAACUUGCGGCCAGAGAGUCGGCCUGCCCAAGAGUCCAUCUGACGAUUUACUUACCACUUUAUGUUCGAAGGUGAUAUUUAGCCAAAGUUCGGAGCUGCUGGAGCGCGAGUCAUCGAUGGCGUCGUCGCUGGAGGAAGUGUCGGGCACGCCGGGCAACGAGCCCUCCGGCGGCGCGCCGCCCACCGACCACUUCGGCGUCUUCAAGGACUUUGACUUCCUCGAAUACGAGAGCGAAAGCAUCGAGGGCGAGAGCUCGGACAACUUCAACUGGGGCGUGCGGCGGCGUUUGCUGAGUGAGGAGCGCGACGAGGGCGCCGCGGCCGAGCGCAGCCCGCCGCAGCCACCGCGCGCCGCCGGCCUUCCAAGCGCGGCGCUGCCAAAGCUGAGCGGACACGAGGACUCAUCGGACGAAGAGGGCGGGUGGGAGGAGGGUGCGGUGGGGCGCGGCGGCGACGGUGACGCGGGCGGCACCGAGCUGGCGCUGCGGCCGCGUACGCACUCCUUCUCCAGCGCUUCCAGCGGGGAGCCCGACGGCGACCGCGGCGACGUGACCCCAGUACCGGGCGCGAGUGCGAGCGCGAGCAGCGGCGGCGGCGCGGUGCGCGACGCGUGGCGCGCUUCCGUGGCCGCACUGUUGCGCCACGCGCAGCACAUGCAGCCCAUGGCGCUCGUGCACCGUCUGCAUACCGUGCUCAAGGAGGUGACAAUGAAGACCGUGUCGCUGUGCGGGGAGUGCGGCGGCGCGCUGGGCGCGUGGGGCGGCGGCGAGCUGGGUGCCGUGCUGGAGCGGCUCGCGGCCGAGGAGCCGCCGCUGCUGUGGGCCGCGCCCGCCGCCGCCGACUGCGCCCGGGUGCGCGACGCGGUGCGCUUCGCCGCGCUCGAGAUCAACGAACACCUCGAGACAUACUUCGACAGGCGGGAACAUGCGUUAGAGGCGAUGGAGGUGUGGCGCGGCAGUCCGCACGAGGAGGUGGUGCGCUGCCUGUACAAGCUGAUCUUCCAGCUGCUGCUGCUGCUGGAGACUAACAACAAGAUGGUCGUCGCCGUCUACCACGCCGCGCUCGACAACCGGGGCGUGGAGAUGAGCAGCGCCGUGAUGGCGGUGCGCGCGGCGCUGAUGGCGGGUGGCGGCGGCGCGCUCGACGCCUGGCCCGAGCACGCGCCCGCGCACGACGACGCGCGCCUGCUGCACCUCAUGCAGCGGCAGAGGUGGAGCGCGGCGCUGGCGGUGGCCCGCGAGCGCAACGCAGAGCGCAUCCUGGAGCGCGGCGAGCUGCCCGAGGACGACGCCACCAGUCUGCUGCACGUCUACUGCAAGCACCUUGCGCUCAAGCACCCCGACAUGGUGGCGAUCACGCGGCCCGUGAGCGAGCUGUCGCAGAACCUGUCCUUCAUGAUGGAAAGCCUGUACAAGGUGUCGGUGGCCCUACAGCGCCACGACUUCGGCUAGCCUGCACCAACACCAAAGCGUCUAGAUAUAUCUCAGCACCAUAGUACGGGUACGGUACUACAGCUAUACACCUUGAAAUAAUAUUUUAGCUAAUUACAAUACCAAAAUAUUCCUCUCAAUCUAAUUUUAAAUCACAAAAAAUGUUCAUCAUUGAAUUGAAAAAGAAUAUUUAAUAGUAGGUUAUUUAAUUUGACUAGCCUUCUUUUAUAGAAAACGCCAUUAAUGUUCCCAACUCACAAUAGUUUUUCACCACACCAACUGGUAAAGGGCCUCUUGAUUGUUCAAAAACUAAUGAGAAAGUUGCAUUUUAUCCACAUGUGGGGCAAAGUAAUCAGAUGUAAAUUUUGAGUUGUUUCUUUAUGUUAGCUGGUAGAAUUGACAAAAUAAUGAUUUUGGAUGAUAUUUUUUUUAUUACGUUCAUUUGGAUUUGAUUUGAUUGGAUUUUUUUGGUAUUUCAUAGUUAGUAUUUUCCUCGCGUUGCUGUGGUGAAAAGUUUGAUUUCACUCGGAGGCAGUUUGCUUAACACUCGUGCCUUGAAACCCUUGCAACGCUCAAGAUUCCACUUCUCAAACCACUCGCUACGCUCGUGGUUCAAUUUUGGAAUAUUUCGCUUGCUCGGGUAUUAAUAUUAGCACGAACAAUUAAACAACAACUUUGCCCCCUUGUAAAACAAAUAACUAUUAAGCACUUUAUGUCAGGGAUUGUAAAGACGGAUAACAUUUGGAUGUAUCAUAAUCUGUAAUAAUUAGAUCAGACUGAUUUUAAGUAGGAGUACCACAACUUUUUAUAAGCUAUUGUCAUGUUCUAGUUAAUUUCCUAAGUCUGCCCUCGGAGUGUACUUAAUAAUAUCGAGUCGUCAUCUAUUGUUCCUUCAGUAGAUACGAUUUUUAGGGUUCCGUACCAAAAAGGUAAAAAGAAGCCCUUAUGGUGCGACGCCGUCUGUCCGUCUGUCUGUCACAUCGCUAAAUAUCUCGAGAACUACUUACGCUAUUGACUUGGAAUGUGAAAUAGUUAUUAACAAGGCUAACACAUAAGAGUUAUUUUGUACUUUUUUUACUGUGGAGGAAAAUGUCCAAUGCGAGGGAGGGAGGUGCAAAUCUUAAAGUCUAGUUAUUAGUUCAAGUGGGAUAUCAGCUUAAGUUGUACAUUCCAAAAUAAUGUAUAUUUAUUUAUAGUGAAAUAAAUUGAUUUAAGAAGGAAAAAUUAAAACAAGAACGAACAUAAAAUCUUAUUUCCGACGUUUACCAAAGAAAAAUUAUGAAAUGCUUUAAUAAGUAUUAAGAUUAUCAUAUAUUACGUUACAAGAGAAAUAUAAUCACACAACAAUCUUGUAUUUUUUAAUCAACAAAAAGUUUUUUUGAAUUUAGUUCACAAUUCGCAACUUUUGCGUGUGUUUAUUAUACUUCUAUGAUAUUAUGCUAAAGAAAUUGUUGAUACCUGUUCCCAUGAUAAAAAAAUCCUCAUUCCCAUGAAAAAGAAAUCCCUGAAAAACCAACAUACAUACAUACAAUCAAUCUCGUAAAUUAGUUAGCCGAUAGAUGGCGAUGAGUAUAAGUAAACUACUUCUGGUCAAAAAUCUUUCGCGUUUAUAGUUGCAUGAGAUUAUUGAAAAUUUGUACGGAACCCUCGGUGCGCGAGUUAAACUAAGUUGCACUUGACCGGUUUUUAUUUUAUUUUUGACGAUGUGGCCGACUACUUUCUUUUGACGUUAUAUUAUGUUCCUAUGAUUUUAUUGAAUUCUGUGGUAACUUCUACGUUGGACAUCUGUUAUCCCUUAACGUCUACGUUACCUGAUUACCUGGAAUAGGUUAGAUAUUUAAAUAACCAGUACUUCAUAUACACUAACUAUGUAUGUAGGUACUUAUUCGUAAUAUUCGGUACGGGUUUCGUUGCCGAUGCGUACAAUAGCUUCGCCAACCAAAUUAUUUGCCGCGAGGCGUUUUAUCCACCGUUCUUUUUUAGUGGUGGGUGUUACUCAAAGAUACUCGUUUAAUUUUAAUUCUAACAAAUAGUAGUUGGCACAAAAUAUAUGCAACUAAGCUUGUCUGUCCUACCGACAGACUUGGGAUGUACGUACCGCACUACGAUUAAAACACGCUUCAAUUAUUAUUCGGAUUCCCGAAUAUGUUUAUAGAUAAUCGUUUGGUAUGUCCCUACCCAAUCUGUUAAGUUAAACUGCGUCAAAUUUUGAAAGAGAUAGAGUCUACCCCGUUUCUUUACCAUUACAAAAAAGGUAAGCAAUCUAGACGUCUUUAUAUUGAAAAAGGCUUUUAAAAAAUUAGUAACUAAGUAUUACUAAUGAAAGCAAAGGAAUGCAAAUGAUCUUUUAUGUUUUUUAAUUGUUCUAUGGCCCAGACUUAUUUUUCAAAGGCGUAUUUCAAUAAAAAGACACGCCAAGAUCGCUUACCUUCUUUCUAAUGCUAAAAAAACGAACGUAAGAUUGUUGAGGCGCCCAAUUCAAACUGCGUAAGUCCCAUUGUAUGAAAAAUAUAUACUAAUUUAAUGCAUGUUUUAUUUCGGGCGGUAAUUAACUGAUCUCACAGGAUAUUAUAGGUACCUACAUUAUGCAUGUUUGUACCUAAGAAGUACACUCUAUAUGGUUUCGUGUUUACAUAUAACGCUAGCUACCUUGUAAUGACUAGAAAAGAAAUAAAUAAGCCAAUUUAUUCAUUUAUUACUAUAUUAAAAUACGUCGUUUACGUAUACGUAAUUAGCUUUUAAUUUCGAAACUUGUUAAUCUUAGACUAAAGGUCGUACCGGGUCGUCCUACGCGUCUAUGGGAAACAUAUUUUGCGAAAAGUCAUCAAAUACAAAGUGUGUGCAAGAUUUGUAAAGUCUAACAAAAGUCGUGCUUGGAAUUUCACAGUUGACGUAGAUGGCGAUGUACAGCUCCGUACAUUAUGCACUACUAGUUCUGGUUGUCAAAACUUGACGUUUGACAAUCCUGUUACCACAAAACAUCAUGUCGCCAUACAUCAACUUCAGCUGCCAAACUCGGGGGCACGGUUAGAGCCACCACACACUAGCGUAUUUUGAGCGUGCAUCUUUUAUUAGGCCGAUCAAAUUAAAUUUUUUUGAGACUUCCUGGGAUUCCACAAACUCGGAUUACACGCAUUUAGGACCAAAUGAAGGUAUUAAAAACGAUUUCCAGCUUCCUGGGAAUUAUAACCUCAAAACGCUUUUUAUGGAUCUAAUUUGAUUGAGAUGGUAUUCCAAGGUUUGUACAAAAUAAAACAGAAUUGAAUUAUUGUACAUAAAUAAUUUAAAUUAUCAGGUAUCAAAAUGAUUGUAAAAACACCAAGAACAUGAAAAGGCGGCGCCGUUGGUAAUGAUAAUAAUAUGUACAUACUUUACCAGCGCCAUGGGAAACAAUAUGAGUAACGCUGAAUUCAAGUUUUUGCCAUUGUUAAUUUUUUCGCUGCCAGGAGUGGUUAUUAUGAAAUGAUAAGAAGUUUAAAUCGUUGACCAUAAAAAUUGCAUCUCAUGCUCAUAAAGUUGGUGUUUAAGUCGCGUGUAAGCAUUUUGUUGCUUUUUAUGCUCUAUUGCAUAAAGUAAAAUCUAUCGACUCACCCCCUUAUUCAUAGACGUCUACUAAAGUUAACAAGCCGCUAAUAAUCGUUUAUCCCUUUCCAUCAUACCAAUACGUCGGAAACGAUUAUUAGUGACUUGUUAACUUUAGUAGACGUUUAUGAAUAAGGGGGUAAUCAUCUAUUACGACCCUAAUUUACUUAGGUAGUAAUUGAUGCAAUAAAAUUCAACCCUGCCAUACAAACUAUCACUGCUGCAAUUGGCGGCCGGCGCACGUACUCAUUUCUUUAGUCUUAAAUACUUUAAUUAUUGAUAUUUCUGUAUAUUUUAAUCGCAAUCCAUGUGAAAGCAGAUUAUAUAACUCGAGCAUAAAUGCCUCUGACAAAAUGGCUUAGUUUAUGCCCUUGUUGUUUAAUCUCAAUGAUUUCAAAGUAAAGAUAAGCCCAAGCAACAAUUCUAACCGCACACGCAACACAGCGCCCUCUGUUUUAUACUGCCUAAACUAUGUGGCUAAUGGUCAAAGACACAUAAAUAGACUGCACUCUCGCCUCCAAAACCGUGUAUAGAACUCUAGAAAAAUGGCUCGAGGGCGACCUUAGUCCCUUUUUUCUUUAGGGCGACGAUAAAGUGACAUUUGAUUGAAUGUUAUCAGCAUCAGCAAGGCAUGCUACUAUUUUUAUUAAUAUAAAUGUCAUUAUUAUAGAUUUUGCCGUGCUAGUUUAUUAACAUAAGAAUAAUACGUAGAAAAUAAGUAAGUGGGAGUUAAAACAUAUUAAAAUAUGUUAGAUAAAUACAUUCUUAUUAAAUUACUUACAAAUUACUUCAUAACCAAAGAAGCUUUAUUUUUCCUGAAUUUCAGCAUUUAGAAAAUAAAAUGAAGGAACAUUUAAUUUAAUAUAUAUAUACGGUAAUAGCAGAAGUAUCCCUUCGAGGUAUCUCGGUCGACACGGUUUUUUGGAAGCGAGAGUGCAGUCUACUUAAAUAUUUUUAAGUGCACCGAGCGAGGUUAACCGACCUGCAUAACGUAUGCGGAGUGAAAUCUGCACAAAGUUUGUAACAUGUAAAAAGUAAAGAAAUAAAAUAAACUGAAAUUAUAUCUAACUGCCAAUUUAAAGUCUAUAUAUGUAUGUCAAUUAAUCCGGCAAGUUUCAUGAGCAUUGCACUCUUUCUUUUGAAAUUAUGGUCAAUUUAGAAGAACACUGUCGCGAAACUGUAUGUAAUUUCUCCAGUACUAUUUCUCUAUAGCCGAAAGCGAAGAUAGUGGAACAUUUUGUGGAAACAGGUUAAAGCUGAAGGUCUGUUUUUAAUAUUUGUGCGUCCCUUUUCUUUACAAAAACUACCGCUAGAAAGUCUGGUUCAGGGAAACAUUCCAGCAUUAGCUAGUUUUCUGGGAGAGAUCGUUUAAAAAAAAAGGAAGGCCCUGUGAGUCACAAAAUCUUACAGAGAGGUCACGAAAACAUUCAAAUGUUGCAAUACAACUGUUUAAGACAAACGUUUAAGAAAAGUUAAGCCCACCGUCUCCGAAAACAAAAAAAAAAGGCUCUGAAAAUGCGGUAACGUCAUCUGGUCAAAAAAUUAAAAAAGCUGCUGUUUUUGCAUUAUGGGAUUCAUGGGGGACUAAUCAUAUGUCACUUAAAAUAGAAAUUCAUGGCAAGGUAACUAUUAUUUUGAGAACACCAAUGGUUCAACGGGCGAGAAUGUGAAAUAUGUCGAGCACGCGAAGUUUCCUAAAACUGUUUUCCUAAGGAAGAUUUAUUUAUUUAUCGUAUGGCGUUUACACACUGGUUUUUACAAUAAUGAUUACAUCAAAUUAAAAUUUACAGUUUUGUAGAUAUACACUCGCGUCCUUUGUCAGUUCUUUAAAAUCUUCGACAGAUCCGUUGUAUCUAGUGAUGGGGCAAUCAAUAGUAUUUUAUGCAACAGUUGUAUAAGAAGGGUCAAAAAAGGCGAGUGGCGUGAGUUACAAUGUGAGCCAGAGCCGUAGGCGUAGGCGAACAUUGUAAAGGAAUACGCCACGAGCAUUUUUUGACCUACUUAUACAACGUUGCAUACAAUAUUUUUCCUACGAGUCAACAAAAAUAAAUCUUAAUUUAGGUAAACAAAGCAAAAGUAUAUAGCCAAGACGCGCGAGCAUACCUUGUUCCGCGCCCGGCCCGCCCCGGGCCGCGGCCGGCCGGUCGGCGACACCUCCUCGUAACUCAUGAGGCCCUGGUACUUGCUACUUGCUAAAUUAAAUUUUUGGACAGUUUUUUCUCAAUUUUGGCCACCGUAGCCUACGGAGACUAACAAGCAACGCUAAGCGGUCUUCGUAGUCUAUGGGUGUUGCUAUAUUACGGGUGUCACAUGCGUGUUUCUGACUUAUGAAGUAAUUAUUUUUACUAUGCAACCAAAUGAAUAUUUUGUAAGUUGGCAGCAAUGCACUUAGUUUAAAACUGUAUUCGUUUUGGUUUUGUUAGGUUGGUAGCCAUUAAUCGCAGUAACGUUAUAGCGAUUAAAAGCACAAGAGCUUUUAUGAGGAAUAGACAAUAUAGACUUUUCUUGAAACCUUUUAUGUAUGCUCUUAUAUUCGUGUUAAUGAAUGCAUAUGACAGAUAACAGUAGAGGAGUAGGAAAAAACUAUAUGAUGUAUGGUCUGUUCCGGAUCUCCACAGUCGCACGCUGCCGACUCGCUCCACCCCCAUUUGUGCCAGAGGUACGCACAGUUGCCCACACCAGUUCUAAGGAAGAUAAAAUAGUAACUAAAAAAAUGAUAUUUGUGUUUUCACAGAUGGUUUUAAAGUACCAUAACUGCCGAUAAAAAUCUCACAUUGGAGUAAACUUUAUCUUACAUUUAACAUUGUUAAAUACGUCAUAAAAAACAUGAAUAUUUAUAAAAUUAACCAUGUUGUUUUUAUUUAAUACGACAUUGAAUUAUGUGCAGAUUUCACUCCGCAUGCGUUAAAGAAACAACAUGAUCGCUUAAAAUUUGUUUUAAGCAUGAAAUGAAUAUAAUCAGAAAUCAUAUACCGAUUAUAUGAAAUCUCACAAGUAUAUUUGAAUUUUCUGUAAUAGUUUUUACGUGGUUACGGCUCCGAAACGUGGUCUUUCACUAUCGGCCUCAUCUCAAAACUCAAAGUUGCUCAACGAGCUAUGGAGAGGGCUAUGCUUGGAGUUUCUCUACGUGAUCGAAUCAGAAAUGAGGAGAUCCGUAGACGAACUAAAGUCACCGACAUAGCCCACUGGAUUAGGAAGCUAAAGUGGCAAUGGGCAGGCCAUAUUGUACGCAGAGAAGAUGGUCGGUGGCGUCGAAAAGUGCUCGAGUGGAGACCACGGACUAGCAAGCGCAGCGUAGGACGUCCACUCACAAGAUGGACAGACGACCUUAUUAAGGUCGCCGGAAGACGCUGGAUGUGGAUCGCUUCCAACCGGUAAAUGUGGAGGACCAAGAGGGAGGCCUAUGUUCAGCAGUGGACGUCUUAUGGCUGAGAUGAUGAUGAUGAGUUUAUACAUAAUUUCACAACCCAAUUAGGAAUUUUUAAAAAUUGGGAAUGGCAUAACGUGACACCUUUCCACUGCGCAAAUUUCUUUCCUUCACGAUUGAGCGCAGGGGUGUUCCUAAAUGGGUUUUUGACACCCAUGAAUUGGCCCCAUUCGUAGUGCUUGUAAAGGGGCCCACUGAUUUCCAGUUUUCCAGUCGCGAUUGUCAGCUUGUGCGAAUAACUGACAGGCCGAUAUCGUCCAGCGAACGGUGGGCCCCUUAACGCCCGUCUUUACGGAGUAAUAUAUUUGUCAAUGUUUAACCUACAAUUUUUCUAUCCUCGCUUCAUCGAGAGUCAACUCCGCGUGUUUACACUUGUGCGAGAUUGGUGGUGCGUUCACUACUCGGUUCGCACGAAAAUGUAUAUAGUUCGUGUCAUCCACGAUGAGUCGAUGACGUGCAGUUAUUAACAUGACAAUACGAGUCAAGGCACGCGUCUUCGUGGAUGACACAAUCUAUAAAUACGUACCUAGGAAGAUCUCUCAACCAGAUAUAAUGCUUAUAUAUUAUAAACCAUAAGCCAAGUCGAGUAAUGGGAUACGAUCGACUUUAUACCUAAGUGAUGUUACCACUCCAAAUACAGUGCCCGGCAAUAAUCAUGCAUUGCAUCAUGCAUUGAUGUGCAAAUGGACUUCCUCCUGAAAGUCUUAUCCUUUGCGAUUGAGAUAAUGAUUGUGAUAUUUAACUCAUUUGCAUUGCAUAAUCAUUAUUAACCCUUUAACCGCAGUACGUUAAAAUACGCCAUUUUGUAUUCUGUCAUAAUUUGUGAAAGUGUCAUUAAAGUCACUGCUGAUUAAUAAAUUUAUCUGACUACGGUGGUUAAAAGGUUAAUAUUUACUGGUUCAUAAGCGAUAACAUACUAUUUUGUUAAUAUUAUUUUAAUUGGAACGUUUCGAUAUGGUGAUUUUACUUUUAAUUGUUAUACAUUAUGAUUGAAUAUAUCUGAUAAUAGUUAUAAUUGUAACCGAUUGUACGUGUAUAAUAAUGUAUUUAAUUAAUAAAGAAAUAAUUGUGUA